AUGGUGAAAGGGCGCAAAAAUAAGCCAUACCGACAGAUGGGUGAACGCUUUCCGUCAAAAUCCAAGAAAUGCAUUAAUCUUGGAGGAUCUACGAAUGAUGGCGCAGGGCAACCAAAAGAACCACAAAAUCAUCCAAAUCGCAAUAUCCAACAAAAUAAUCCGAAGAAGCGAGUCUUGGCGAACAGUCCACCAACAAAUAAUGCUGCGGCCGUUACACAACCGAACAACUUUCCUCAUUUUAAGAGACAAAAGAUUGAGUUGCCGAAAAAUGCAGCUGUAAUGGGUGGUUAUGGUCAAGUUAAAAUAACUAGUUUGUUAGUCCCCACUGUUAUAUACCGUCGCCACUUUUAUGGUUAUACCGAGGAGGAUAUUUAUGCCAACGAACCUGAACUCGCUUGCUCAAUUUGUCACUCAAUGGUGUUGCAAAAGUUCCUAGAGCUUCAUGCAUGGAUGCAUCUUUCAUGGUUAGUUCAAGUAGGAGAUCGAUAUCCCUUUCAAUGUACUUGCUGUGAUUUUUCUGCUUUCCGUAUUCCGGAUGUAAUAUGUCAUGCCAAGGAGACACAUGGUUAUGUGGGUGCUAGUCUGUUCGUUCCAACUGUAUCAGAUCAAAUUUUGGAUUUUUUUUUAAAGAAAGUUAUAGAAUGCUUCCCACCCACAAAUCCAACAACGACAAACUGA